AUGGUGAAGACCAGGGCGCCGAUUGCGAAGUCGAAGACCGGAAGGGAAGGCGUCGGAGAGGCUCGUUUGAAAACUCAUUUCCCCGUCGGGUUCCCGGCCUUUUCCCCGUGGAGGCAGGCCACGCGUAAAAUUUCCACGGCCCACUCCACGGACACCUUUGGAAGCCAUCUUGGCGAGGACCUCCGGCCCGGUUUCAUCGAUUUUCCACGCGGAAACAAGCCCGACCUCCAGACACCGGGCAGUGUUCCCCGUCUCGACACGACUCCCCCUGCGUCUCGCCCCUGCUUGUCGUUGCGCUCUCCUCCUCCUCCGCCGCCACCGCCGCCACAUGUCGCCUCCGCUGCGCUCUCCUCCUCCUCCGCCGCCGUGGCGCGUUGCCUUCGCACGUCACCUCCGACGUACUCUCCUCGUCCUCCACUUCCGCGCGCCGCAUCAGAUAAUGGGAAAGAGGAGCUGCAGCCACUGAUGGAGGAUGAUCUGACGCAGGUGGUCUCUCUGAUUAAGGAUCUUAUCCGGCUCUAUUACUUCAGCGGCGGGUCGUCAAGAUCCGCAAGAGGGUUUGCUGGAAAUGGUGCAUAGAAGGUAGAAGUUAUUUUGUGCCAAUAGUGGAGCAAAUGCAGAUUGGUGAAAGUUUAUUAUUGUGUUGCUCGUUACUUUGUAAUCACAGAUAUUAGUGCUUGAGUUCUUCCUACUGUCUUAAUUUUGUUCCAGUUCGAAAAUUGUUAAAUAAAUAGCUCAUGUCUCAUUUUAUUUUGUAUUAUCUAUCUGCGUAUGUGCAUAGACAUGACCAUAUAUCCAUUCAUCUUGGUUGGGCAGU